AAGGAAAAGGGUGUACUUCUCAUGGAACUUGUGACCAUAGUUCAUGAGGCGUCCUUGCAGUGGAGGCAGGAGUAUGAAAGAGUAGUCGACGCAAUCUUAUACUACGCUCAUUCCGCAGGUGUUUUAUCAAUUAAUAUGUGCGUCGAGGGUUUAGCACUAACUGCUGAUUUCACGUUGAGAACGAUCAUGGAUCCUCAAAAAUGGACUUUUAUUGACGAGAACAUUCCACUAAUGGAUUAUAAGGGCGUGAGAAGUUUGUUCAAGUGCCUAAUCUACCAACAGUUUAAUAGCAUACCAGCUCAGUUAUCACCUGAGCAGCGAAGGCAGUUACUUCCUGCUGAGCGUAUCCUUCUGAAGAUUUUGGACCCAGAUCUCAACGUAAUACCACCAAUUUUCACCCUAACGGAGCUUAGCAGAGGAAUCCUUAAGCGUGCCUACAUGUUUCCCCGUCUAGCUCAUCGGCUUUCUGAGUUGAUAAUGUAUUUCCGCGCUGUUGCUGAGCUGAGUUAUGUCAUUGGACGUUGCUUCCUGUUUCCUCUUCCUGCUCAUCCGUCUUUUGCGGCUUCUGCGGCAUCCUGUAGAAUAGAUCACUUGACUACACAGAUAAGUCAUCGUGCUCCUUAUCUUCCAUAUAAAGCUGAGUUACGAGCUCCGCAAACAUAUCUGCUGUACAUGGUGAUCAGACAACCGCGCGGAAAAGAGGUGUUGUCGGGGCUUCUUCGUCAAGUUACUCAUGGUAGAACUCAAUGGGACGAAAUUCUGUCAGUCCUCAUAAGUGAGACAAUGGCAGAGGUGCAGAAGUUACCAGAUGACGUGGAGAUUCCACGUUAUCAGUGGGAAAAUCUUAUGAGCAUCAUUAUUGACGAUGUGAUAUGGACUGGUGCCUCCGACCAUCCGUCACAACUAGUUAGGUUUCUGGCAGCUGCUUGUAUGUGGAAUAUACUUGAUGGUUCUGAAGGUCUUCCACCACCAAGUGGGUGCCUAGCUAACCAGAUAGAAUUUGUUCGGUCUAAUACGGGACCACCUGAUGAGGCCAUGCAGGCUGUGCUGGAUAAUGCGUUUCGUCACGAGUCUCCUGUGUCUCGCACAGUGCACGCUAUCUUCCAACAACGCUUAGAUGGGCAACCGACGGAAGAACCUCAUAUUUUACCCUACGGAAGGACAGCAAACAAUAAGCUCGAGGCGUUUGAUAUGCAGUUCCUCGACUCUUUGACUUUGCGAGCGAAAAUCAAUCUUCUGCUGUCGACAUGUUUUGUAUCGCUGCACAAGGUUGAUCGCCUUCCUAGUCCGGCGUGUGUGGAGACAUGUGCACGAAUUUUAACGUCAAUCGAAUUCGACUAUGGCUUAACCAAUUUUAUCGCUAUUCUCAACAGAUCGAUUACGGCAGCUCUUUCACCGGGUCCUGCAGAUGGCCUUAAUUUGAAGGACCAGUGCCAUAUUCUUCUCGAUAUUCUGUGUUACAGACUUCCGUCGAUUCCAAUGAAUUUCCGAACAUCAAUGUCGCAUUCCCAUGAUCCAUCGCCUGCUGGACUUCGAUUAUGCAUGACCAUACAUAGUGCUAUGGCACAACAGAUGAUUCGCGUGUUGAAUAUGAUGGUUUUUCAUCGCCAUGUUAUGACCUUUGAUCGCCUUCUAUUGUCCUUGGUUCUUCACCCAGCAACUGAUCAUGCAAGUCAGAUUGCUAUGGUAAUCGUACAGAAAUUUCCGGAGAUGACUUUUGCUGAAAUGGCGAUUCGACCUCCGAUGAUGGCUGAGAUGAUCACUCCUCGUGCUCACUAUCCAAUUUACUAUGGAAGUCUCAUCGAGCGGUUACUACCGGUCAAAUCAGUUUUACAAUUCGAUCUUUUUCUGAAGGCUUUUUUGCAGCCAUUUGCAUUUUGUCACUUUUUCAUUUCAUACCCUAUCACCUUUCUUUACACGAUUUUGUUUUGUAUGCAUGAGCAGUUAGGACACCAUCCAAGGGCUCGACAAUUUGUUCUGGCAAUUUUGUGUCAAGGUGAUCAGAGCUCCUUGACUCAGUCGUUCAUUAACGAUAAUCACCAAAGAGUGUAUUCUUUUGAGGAUUUGGUUUAUGAGCUAGCCGAUAGGAUCAUUACUUGUAGCGAAUUUAUCCUCACACCACCGCCAUAUGUCGCUUCGGACUGGAGAUUUGCUGAAUAUCCUCCGGCUGCACAAGCGCUGUAUUUGGCUUGCAUCGAGCUGUUGGCAAGUCCUCAUUCACCAGAGCACAUCGUUCCGGCGAUGAUCAAUUUGUUAGUGAGUUCGAGGGCACAGCCACGUCGACCUUACUUAAUGCUGAAUGCAAUAGCGCUGCUCUUGACGGCUCUACCAGAAGCAUACUGUCGAAUGCUACAGAAUGAGUUCCUUGCUGUAAUUGACAGUGGAGUGUUAGCUGACAUGACGUUCGAAGAAAUCGUUUUCGACGAGUUUGAAGAACGUCAGCUCUUACAAAUGGCCAGUAGACCGUUGAUCGUGAAUGUCGUCGCCCAGGCGUACUGGUAUCACAGUAACCUAAGCUCUUUGUCUAAAUUAAUCUCAACAUUCGCCGGUGAAGCUUGUAGUCGCGCAAACACCGAAAAUGAUCUCUGGUACGCUUUAAGACUUGUGGUUCCACUUUUACAACGAUGCUACGACUGGAGAGAAAAAGUGAAGCACGAAGAGAGUCUCAAAGUGGUUAGUAUUCUUUACACGAAGAUAGGCGAUAUCACAGAACGUUAUGGUGAUAUUCUACAUGGGGAUGAACUCUGCGAUCUGCUUUAUUAUUUUAAAUAUAUGUUUGUUGGUGAUUUCCUUAGAAAGGAAGCGGAAGCAGCUUUUCCUCGGUAA